AGGAGGAAACUAAACGCAGCUUUAACUGAUCUGAUCUACAGCAGCACCGCUCUGAGUGGAAAAGAGGUGGCAUUUUCUCUGGAAACGUGGGGUUUUUCUGCCAUGCUUUGGAUCGACUAUAUUUCGAACAUCUCGCUCUGGCUUCAGGUUUGAUUCAUCGCUGCAGUUUGCGGUGAGAGGAGACAUUAGGAAGAGAGUCAGAGAGCAGCGGUCAGUCUGAUGCAGACCCGAGGAGGAGGAGAGCAGAUACCCGAGGCCAGAUGAAACCAGAUGACCCAAUCAGAGAAGACUCGGCCAGAUGAGACCAGUCUAAGCCAUUGCUGAGCGCUCCAACCAACAUGAAGACUUGUGUGUUUGUGUUGUCGUGUCAUGGUCUGGUUCAUGUGUUCAUGUUGAGGGUGAAGUAGUGUGAGUGAGGAGAGCGUGAUGGUGUUCACCAUGGUUGAAGAGGACGUGAUCAACUGCACCAUCAGCCAUGAAAUCCACCAGUACCUUUUCUCCUGUGUCUAUAUCAUCGUACUACUGGUUGGUGUUCCCUCCAACCUGUACUCUCUGUACCACGCUGCUCUCCAGCUGAAGCAGAAGAAUGAGCUGGGCAUUUAUUUAAUGAACCUCACUGUGUCUGAUCUGUUGUACCUGGCUUCGUUACCUCUGUGGCUCCAGUACAUCUUCCAGGAUGAUGAUUGGCGUCACAGGGAAUGGUUGUGUCAGCUCUGUGGUUUCCUGCUCUAUGAGAACAUUUACAUCAGCAUCGGCUUUCUGUGCUGCAUCAGUCUGGAUCGCUACCUGGCUGUGGUCCAUCCUCUAAGGUUCACCUCUCUCCGCUCAAUGAGUGCAGCAUGGUUCGUUAGCAGCAUCAUCUGGCUGAAGGAGAUAGCAGUCGGUGUGGUUUUCUUCCGUCACAAAGAACUGAGCAGAGAUCGCAAGAACCAAUCAGUGUGCUUCGAGCACUACCCCAUGCAGCCAUGGGAGUAUCCAAUCAACUACUACCGCUUCACUAUUGGCUUCAUGUUCCCACUGACCAUUCUGCUGAUCAGCUACCUGUGUGUGCUUCGUGCCGUGGGUCGGAGUGCAGGAACUCAGCCGGAUCAGAAGACCAGGAUCAGGCAGCUGGUGAGCAGCACCAUCCUCAUCUUCCUCGUCUGCUUCUCCCCCUACCACAUCUUCCUGUUAGUGCGCACCCUGCUGGAGCGGGACUGCAACUUCAUUGGAGCGAUAUUUAACUACUAUCACCUGUCUCUGUUGCUGACCACCCUGAACUGCGUGGCCGACCCUGCUCUCUACUGCUUCGUCAGUGAAAGCGCCCGCCGUGGCCUCUACAGAGCCCUGUUCAGACCUGUUGCCAAGAUACUCUGCUGCUGCCGUCGCCGUGGCAAUGCCAGCCCCGCCAACCCAGCCAGCGAUUCCCACGAGGUCGCCACUGACGAGAACAACGGCCACCCGACCGUGACGCUGCUCACGCACACCAGUACGCUCAACAACACAAAAGCAGAUGCUACCUGCAAAAACACAACGUUAAUCAGACAGACAGAAGAAAAAACUAUUGUUCCAUUAACUGUACAGAACAACAGACACUCUGUGGAAGGAAAGCCCAGCUGUGUGAUACCUAUGGAGGGGCAGAACCAACGGACGGAGAGGACUGAGGAAACUGACAUCAGCUAAGAUUAUCAGGACAAACCAGGAGCCUUGCUGGUGGUUCUGAGGGAACAGAGACUGAUGAUCAGAAUACUCUGACUGAUGCUGAGGGAGAGUGAAAAAUACAAAGACAAACCACAAGUAACCUGUGUGUAUGGCUCAGAGCCGGCUGCUCACCCACCUGUGUUUACAUCCUUACUAUUGAUGCAUCAAAUGACACUUUACAGGAAGUCAGCAUGAAUCUGACGUGUUUUCUCACAGUAAAUGAUCCGUUUACAUUUCUGUGGUUUGUACAUGACACCUAAGAGGAAAUGUAGAGCUCGUUAUGGAUCAGAGGUUUAAAAAAAUCUGCUUUUGGGUACUAAUCCCUUGGACAACUUGCCAGUAUUCUCUUGAAAAUGUUAUGUUGGUAUCACCUUUAAUAACUAGAAAAGCACUCAGAGAGCGCAGUCCUCCACCAAGGCUGCACAUCCUUGUAUCAUUUCCUAUGGAUAAGUCCUGAUAAGUCCUCAGCGGUGGAUUUGUAGUAGGAUCACAAUCAUGUGAUCGUCAGCAGGCAGCUGACGUAGUGUUCACUUGUUGUCAUGGUUACAGUGACGCUAUCUGGCAAUGAUACAGAAAUCUUUAAAUAAUCCAUGGAUCCAGACUAUAAGCCACAUCACUGCCAAAAUCUAAUCAGUUGGUCCUUGUGUCAUUUCUGACCUUCCCUGAAAAUUUUAUCCAAAUCCGUUAGUCUGUUUUUGAGUAAUGUUGCUAAUAGACAGACAGACAGACAGACAGACAGACAGACAGACGUCGAUCAUCACAUAACUCUGCCGCGUUCCCUGGCGGAAUAAUAAGCAAUUUAUAAAAGGUCAGGUGGAACCAGUAGCUCCCGGAAGGGUUAAUAAAUGCUUUAUAGAGUUAUAAACAGUUUUAAACCAUUAAUAAAUUCCAAGUUUGGGUUACCAGCAGUAGAGUACAGGUCUAUCCACAGGGCUGCAGUAUUACAACAACAUUACUCUGAUUAAAUUACAUCAUACACACCAGUAUUAACAAGGGAGUGGCAACAAAGCCUGGUACUAUGUUAUGGAGAAAAUUACAUUUCAUUUUAUUUUAUUUUAUUUUUAUAACACCAAUCGUGGCAUCUCAGUCAUCUCAGGGCUCUUCACAGAGUAAUGUCAGGACCUUAGAAUAUUGUACAGACAUAACCGAUAUGCUUCAUUGUAUUUAAAGUUGGGGCUCAUAAAGCAGCAGACAGGGCAACACUCCUGUGUUCUGAGCAGUGAACAGUCACAGAAAAUAUAGUUGCUGCUGUCAUCAUGAAGUGGUAAACACCCAGAGAACAUCUUACUGGUUUCUGACUGGUGUUCACAUUCAGCCUUUAUGUGUCUAAAGUUCUGUGAUCAUGUGACUCCAGCCUCCAGGUUGUCUCAGGACAGAUUGUGAAAUCUCAUUUGAUGGAAUUUCAUCUUAAUACUGAAGCUAUAAACUUUUACGAUACAUUUCUUUACACUCCUAGUUGUUCACAUUCAUAGUUUAUGAAUGUUCACUAAAGUCAGUUAUCUAUGAACCACUGAUAAACCCAUUAGUUAUCAUCAACAGUGAGUUAUUACUGAGUGGUUCCAGUGCUCCUCUUGUAUUGUUAAAGGAUGCAGUUUAUUUAUAAUAACGUAACUUCAGCCUUUAAUAUUGAUAUCAAAGGUACAUAUCCCCUGGCUUAAUAAUUCUACAACUGUUUCAUGUCCAACUGAGAAAAAAAGACAGCAAAAUCACCUCCACCUGUGAGAUAAAACAACAGUUCCGUGUGAAAACAGGUUGAGUAAGAACUCUGCUGGAUGUGCUGAUAACUCAUCACAUCCUGAGCACAACAGUGGGUGUUUUAUUCAGUGUAUUAAACAGUCUGAAUACUUCUGGUGCAGCUGAACUGAUGCAGAAAAAUAAAUGGAAUCGCUAAAGCUUGAUGACUUUUGAAAAAAAUGCUUGUUUCUUAUGGGCUGAUGGGUCUACAGGCCCUCCACAGUUGUUCUAAAUCGAUCAAUAAAAACAGUAUUAGUUGUUUUAAUGAAGAUGCAGCUUUGAAAACAAGUGGAAGAUAUAUGUUCAGUACGAGUCAGGCUUUCUGUGGCAUGCAUGGGAUCUGCUGCAAGACAACAGUCUAAAGAAAACAUCUCCAGUGUCUACAUGUUGUUUUUGCAUGGAUGGGCAUGGCACUAAAUUGUUAUGAUUACCAUAUGUGAUAUACUGAAGAAUCUGUAGAGACUGAUGGCAUUUGUCUGGAAUAGAACUGAAAACUUUACUGCCAUGGUGAGUUUCUCUAGGAACAAACUGUUACUUUAAUUGUGUUAAAAAUGUGAAAUUAGUGAUAUUAUGGAAAUAUAACAUGGUCAAAUUUUCUAAACUGUUCAUGAGGUUAACGUCACAGCAGAGGAUUUAAUUGGCACAGAGUUAUAUUAUGGUAUGCAAUGGAAAUAUAACAUUAUGGUCACAUGUUCAGUGAUAUGAUGAUCUUAUAUCUUUACAGUGGUGAAUGUGAUGCAGUAUAUUUUUAUAAAGCUUUGAAACUGUGCUGAAAAGUGCAGUUUCUACACUUCUUAA